CCGAUUUCAUUCUACUUGAAUUGAGGCUCAUGAAGUUUGACAAAAGUUAGCCGUAAAAGCGGAAUAACUCUGUAUGGCCUGGGAUACACGGAAGUUGAAAUCUUGUUGUGGAAGUUAAACAGUUAAAUCAUCGUGAAAUAAAGGAAUUGACAGUAUUUGUUACUCAGCUGUUUGUUAUAGGAUCACUUAAUCUACGUGCAAGAUAAAUGAUUUAACAGGAAACGGGAUGAAAACCGAAGUAUCAAGACAUUUAUGACAUCGUGAUCCAUUAACUUUCGAAGGGAUGGAACAAGAAGUGUUUUAGCCUUUCUGAUCUAAAUCAGUUCAUAACCUGUGUAAAUGAGUUUUUUUGUUUUGUGAUUUAACCAAAACACAGGUCAUUGUGCAUUUUAUGGCUGAUGUAAAUCAACUAUAAACAAAACGUGAUGACCAAAACAAAUGAUUGUAGGAUUCCAGUCUGCACAGGUCAAUGUUUCUUUGGCUACAGAACCAGUAUGUUCAAAAUUUGAUUAUGAAGAAAAGCUUCUAGAAAAAAUGAUCAGAACAGAGAUUAAGGUUGAAGCGAUAGAAAGUGAAAUAGUGAAAACUCAAGAUUCUGUCUUGAAGACUUUAAACGAAAUAAAGAAGAAAGUUGCCGAUAUCAACGACAAAUUUGAAGACCUGAGAAAUAAUAUCACGGAAGAGAUGAUUGCAAAAACUAAGGAUUUAGAGAAGAAAGAGGAACUCUUCAAGAAUUCAUUUGAGGAACUACGAACGAAAUUCACAAACGACAUGGAGAAUCAAAGAAACGCUCUUACUGUUGCCAAAGAAGAGAUGGCAAAGCCUUCCGUCGCAUUUUAUGCACACCACGUGACAGAUCUGGUCCUUGAUGUGAGUGACGAGAUCAUUGUGUUUGAUACAAUCAUUACAAAUGAGGGUUCUGGAUAUGAUACAUCCACAGGGAUCUUCACAGCCCCUGUCGAAGGAUUAUACCAGUUCACCGUUCAUGUGUGUUCAAAAACUGGAAAAUAUUCUGUCAUUGGCUUGUCACUGGCAGGAAAGGUUGUUGCGGCAGCAGUGAAUUACGAUAAAGACUCCGAAACCUGUAGUUCAGUAGGAGCAGUAGUUAGAAUGAACUCUGGAGAACAGAUAUGGGUAAAAUGUACAUCAGGAUAUUCUACCUAUAGGUUAUAUCAAGACAACUAUAGAAUGAACACAUUUAGUGGCAUUCUGCUUAACAACUAGAGGAAUGAACUGUAUUUUGUAUUUUAUAUUUGGUAGCAGUAUCAAACAACCUCGGACUGAUAUAUUGUAUGAAUAUUUUAAUUUUCUGAUUUAUAUAUGUAUUUCUUAUAUAGAAUGAACAUCUAGUGACAUUCUGAUUAACAAAUAGAUGAAUAAACUCACAUGAUGUGCUUUA